UGCCUACUACAAGGGUAUUAUUGAUAUUUGGUGCUGAAUGUCUGUAUCAGAUCCCAACUGUGUGUUUCCAAUUUCUUACAUAAUAAGACAGUGAUUAUAUUGAAGUUUUCAUCAAGAUUCUUAGUUCAUUAUUGUUCCUAUAGAGCUGAGAGUCCCUUUUAGUGUUGCAGAUCUUUAAGUUGAACUAAGUUUUCAAAGCAAAUCUACGACCAGAAAUGGAGUCUAUGAGGUUAUCUACAAUUGGAUCUCGUGGUGGCUUGCCAUUCUUGCUCCUGUUGGUGCUUUCUUGCUCCACAUUCACUUCUACAGAAGCCUAUGAUGCACUUGAUCCAACUGGCAAUAUAACAAUUAAAUGGGAUGUCAUUAGCUGGACUCCAGAUGGCUAUGUUGCUACUGUUACAAUGUACAACUUUCAACAGUAUCGUCAUAUUCAGGCCCCUGGAUGGUCAUUAGGGUGGACAUGGGCUAAAAAGGAAGUAAUUUGGAACAUGAUGGGAGGCCAAACUACAGAGCAAGGAGAUUGUUCGAAGUUCAAAGCCGGCAUACCACAUUGUUGUAAAAAGGAUCCAACAGUAGUGGAUUUAUUGCCAGGAACUCCUUACAACCAGCAGGUUGCAAAUUGUUGCAAAGGUGGAGUCUUAAAUUCUUGGGCUCAGGAUCCAGGCAAUGCAGUGAGUUCUUUUCAGAUUAGUGUUGGCUCUGCCGGAACAACUAACAAAACGGUCAAAUUGCCCAAAAAUUUCACCCUCAAAGCACCAGGACCUGGCUAUACUUGUGGCCCUGCAAAAAAUGUGAGACCGACUAAAUAUAUUACCAGCGACAAGAGGAGAAUCACCCAAGCCUUGAUGACCUGGAAUGUUACAUGCACAUAUUCUCAAUUCCUGGCUCAAAAGACACCAAGUUGUUGUGUUUCCCUCUCAUCCUUCUAUAAUGACUCUAUUGUAAACUGCCCAACCUGCACGUGUGGCUGCAAAAACAAAACAGAUCCUGGAAGCUGUGUUAAUCCAGACUCCCCACAUUUGUCUUCUGUUGUAUCAUCAUCAUCAAGCAAAGAUAUAAAUACACCUCUAGUCCAGUGUACCAGUCACAUGUGUCCUAUUCGAGUGCAUUGGCACGUGAAGCUUAAUUAUAAAGAGUACUGGAGGGUCAAGAUCACUAUUACAAAUUUCAACUACAGAAUGAACUACUCACAAUGGAACCUUGUUGUGCAGCACCCCAAUUUUGAUAAUCUUACCGAGAUUUUCAGCUUUCAAUACAAGUCACUAACACCCUAUGAGGGCUUAAAUGAUACCGGUAUGCUGUGGGGAACGAAGUUCUACAAUGAUUUUCUUUCUUCAGCUUCUGAAAAAAAUCUUGGUAAUGUGCAGUCAGAAAUCUUAUUUAGGAAGGACAAAUCAACCUUCACUUUUGAUAAGGGAUGGGCCUUCCCAAGAAGGAUUUAUUUCAACGGCGAUAACUGUGUUAUGCCUCCACCAGAUGCCUAUCCUUGGCAACCAAAUGCAAGUUCGAAACUAGCUUUCUCUCUACUAUGUACAGUCAUGGCCACUUUGGCAUAUUUGGUAAUCUUAUUAAACUAAACAUAGAUAAUUAUCUAUGUUGAGACAUAAAGAUACCUUCUUCUCUUUUGGAAUAUUGUAUACUUCUUUUCUGCACCAGAUUCUCAAAGCUGAAGUGAACUCCAUUGUAAAAAAUGCCUAGGAACUACCCUGGAGCAAUAAAAAGUGACAGCUGCAUGAUUGGUUACCACAAGAAUUGUCUCCUAUUGGCUUUGAUUUACUUUGGGGGUUGAUUUUUACCUCCCAUAAUUUAUUUGUAGCUUUUGUGCUGUAUAAUUAUUUAAAGUUAUUUGCCUGGAUGAUUAUUAUUUUCUCCAAUUAUAGAAUAUCCAAUUUAGUUUUCA